AUGCAUGAGAUAAUUACCCUCCAGCUUGGACAGCGCAGUAAUUAUGUGGCUACCCAUUUCUGGAAUGCCCAGGAAUCAUAUUUUACAUAUUCGGAGAAUGAACAGUCACCAGUUAAUCAUGAUAUCCAUUUUCGUGGAGGUAUAGGGGCUGAUGGGACAGAGACGUUCACUCCCCGUACUCUUAUCUACGACCUGAAGGGUGGAUUUGGCACACUGCGCAAGUACAAUGCUCUAUAUCAACUUGAGGAAGAUCAACCUGGCCUGGAUAGCGGGCUUUGGGACACAAGCGGAGUCUUGCAGCAGCAGCCUAAGAUACCGCAGAUUGAAUAUCAAAGAUGCCUCGAUAUGGGGCUCCCGGUUCCUGAGUUGACUGCAGAAACCGUUAGAUACUGGUCCGACUUCAACCGUGUGUUUUACAGCCCACGCUCUAUCCAGCAAAUCAAUGAGUACGACCUUGGUUCCCAGCUGAUGCCGUUUGAGGACUGGUCCACGGGGCAGAGUCUUUUUUCCGACCUGGACAGAGAACAUGACCUACUGGACCGUGAUUUACGGCCUUUUGCGGAAGAAUGUGACCAGUUAAAGGGGAUUCAGAUUUUUUCCGGAGUGAACGAUGCAUGGGGUGGUUUCACGGCAAGUUAUGUAGGCCGCCUGAAAGAUGAGUACGGAAGCAAGAGUAUUUGGACAUGGGCUCUAAAUGAUUCAUCCAGCCCACAACGAGAAAAACGUAAGCUUGCCUCUGCGAACCUAGCAAGGUCAGUGAGCGAGAUAGGCAGUCAAGUCACAGCUUUCAUACCCAUUGCAGACCUGCCAAGCAGGAUAGCGCCCUAUGUGAAGCCAGACCUGCGCCAUACAUGGUACUCAUCGGCCCUGAUAUCUUUGGCGCUCGAGAGUAUCAGCCUUCCCACUCGACUAAGAGGGCAUGAAGCGCUCGACCUCUGGGAAAUAGCUUCCCGAGAUUCACGGAACAUAUAUCAUCUCGAAUCCACCGUAGGCACACAGGAGUUAUCUGGUUUUGCUACCGAUAGGGGGGGUUCAGGACAGGACAUAUCUGGAUCUGGAGUCAGUCAUGGCCAUGAUGAUGACGAUGAUGGACACCAAGAAAAGCUGAAACAGUUUGAUGUUGAACUCUCUCCACGCGGUCUUGCAUCAACCCAUGACAGCAGGGUGUUCCAUCAACUCUCGGUUAGAAGAGACAGAACUAGUGAUAAGUCUAGUUCUUCAAGCAAUACAGCGCCACCUGUAAAUACGAGCUCCAAGACCCAGAGGGAGGCCGAGAACUUUCGAAACAGUACUAAAACAGUUGCUAGCUUCGAUACACAACUAGAAUACCCAGUACUAGACUCCUUCCCCCGUGACUUAGUCGCGGGCCAAGGGCCACCAGGGUCAACGCUCAAGGUCGAUGCGGCGCUAUCUAUAUCCUCACAAGCAAGAGGAUAUCUCAAAGAUUUGCAGCAGUCGAUGGGGAUCUACGUCCCCUUUGACCAACGCGAAGAAUUAUCGAAUUGCCUAACUACGCUAUCUGAGGCUUAUAUUGAUGGAUGGGAGAGCGAUAGUGAUUCUGGUGACGAUUGA